GGUUCUCGUCGUUAUUUUUCCUUCCGUUCAUAUCACGAUUAUUUCUUCACCGAUAAAGCUGGAACAAAUCUAAUCGUGGCGGCGCAAACGGCUAAAACAAAAACGUGGAAAUGCUAGCGACACUAUCGAGGUUUCAGGCUCCUCUUCGUCGACCUCCAGACAGACCUUUGGGACUUUGGUGCUUUUUAGCGGAGAAGAAACUCAGUUUGACGGCUUGCUGUCUGCUUCGAGCGGCGCGGAGACUGCAAGUCCUCGGCAGAUAUGUCAGCACCGUUGCUCCACUGCAAGCCAAAGUCCGAGCUCAACAGAGGAAAAGGAAUGUUUCCGAAAAGAAGCUGACUCGUUACUUUGUAGACCACCGAUGUGUGCGAUUGGUGGCCGGUUCGGGUGGAAAAGGGGCUUGCAGCUUUCACAGCGAGCCUCGAAAAGAGUGGGGCGGACCGGAUGGCGGAAACGGGGGUGAUGGAGGAAGCAUCUCCUUCAAGGCUGACCGGCUUGUCAAGUCUCUGGCUCAAUUAGUUCCUGUAUACAUGGCAGAAGAUGGAGAGUCAGGGGGCAACAAGAACUGCUAUGGUCGCAAUGGCCGCCCAACCUUUAUUUGUGUUCCAGUUGGCACGGUGGUGAAGGAGGAUGGCAGGACACUAGUGGAUCUUUCGGAGCAUGGCCAAGUUUAUCUGGCUGUUUUUGGAGGGUCCGGAGGUAAAGGCAACAGGUUUUUUCUCUCCAAUGAGAAUCGCGCUCCAAUGACAUCAACCUCCGGAACUGAGGGCCAGGAGAGAGUCCUACAUCUAGAGUUGCGUACUAUGGCCCACGCCGGACUGGUUGGUUUUCCAAAUGCCGGCAAAUCCUCUCUCUUGAGAGCCAUCUCCAAUGCCAAGCCUGCUGUAGCGUCUUACCCUUUCACAACGCUCAACCCUCAUGUAGGAAUUGUCAAGUACAGAGAUCAUGAGCAGGUGGCAGUGGCUGACAUUCCAGGAAUCAUUCAAGGAGCACAUCUAAAUCGAGGCCUGGGCAUCUCUUUCCUGCGGCACAUUGAGCGUUGCCGAUUCCUGCUCUUUGUUCUGGAUGCGUCCUCUCCCGAGCCCUGGAAUCAGCUCCAGCAUUUGCGCUAUGAACUGGACCAGUAUGAGCCUGGUCUGUCUCAGCGGCCUCAUGUAAUCGUGGCCAACAAAAUAGACCUACACGCAGCUCGGGAGAACUUGGAGACUUUGAAGAGUCAUGUUACACAAAGAGUCAUUCCCGUGUCAGCUCUAACCGGGCACAACACUGAAGAACUCAUCCUUCAUCUUAGAGAGCUAUAUGACGGCUAUCUCCAUGGAGACGGCAGCACAGAGGGAGGAAAACCCACAAGAUGGUAAUAGGUAUGAUGCGAGCUAUUUCAGAAGAGUUCCAAGACUUGUAUCACCAAAGAGAGUCCAAAUCCAAACUAUGUUUUCCUCUUUCCACCUUGAACUGAAUACACCUUCAUCGCCUUCUCUGCCACCCGUUCACCCGGGACUCUUUGCAGCUCUGUCGUCAUGGUCACCAUGAUGUUCUCCACCACCUUUAAAAUGGGUCCCCUCCAUGACAUCUUUGGACCAGACCAAAUGGGUAGUGAGCUUACUCUUGCGUGGCGAUGUUCUUUUCGGGCAGAAACUGUCAGACGUGGAUUGUCAACAGGUGACAUGGUUAACCAGCCCUGAGUUGUCCUACCACAACUCUCAAGGUUUUAGUUUGAACUAUAUCUUUUAUGUUUGCCAACGACCCCGGUCAUCGAGUUUUCAGCUGUUGAAUAAACAUGUUCAAAUAGUUGAA